AUCCCGCAUCCUGCAUCCCGUGGGAAAACCCCAGGGAUCCCACACCCGGAUCCUCCCCUCACCCCCUGUCAACGGCCCUUGGCCCGGCCUUCGCCCCUCUCCCUCAGCUGCCCCCCAAACCCAGCAAAGGAUGGAUUUCCUGCUGAGCGGGUUGGCGGCCUGCGGGGCCUGCGUCUUCACCAACCCCUUGGAGGUGGUGAAGACGAGGAUGCAGCUUCAGGGGGAGCUGCGGGCCCCGGGGUCGUACCCCCGACACUACCGCAACGUCUUCCACGCCUUCCUGACCAUCGGACGGGUGGACGGGCCGGCCGCCCUGCAGCGGGGCCUGGCCCCGGCCCUGCUCUACCAGUUCUGCAUGAAUGGCAUCCGACUGGGCACCUACGGGCUGGCAGAGGCCAGGGGCUACCUGCGAGGGCCGGACGGCCGGCUGAGCCCCGGCCGGAGUGCCGCCACAGGGGCCCUGGCCGGUGUCAUGGGGGCCUACGUGGGCAGCCCCAUCUAUAUGGUGAAGACUCACCUGCAGGCCCAGUCGGCCUCUGAAAUUGCCGUGGGGCAUCAAUACAAGCACCAGGGCAUGGUGCAGGCGCUCGUGCUGAUUGGCCGGAAUCAGGGGCUCCUGGGACUGUGGCGCGGGGCCCUGGGGGGGCUGCCCCGGGUCAUGGUGGGCUCCUCCACCCAGCUCUGCACCUUCUCCUCCACCAAGGACCUGGUGACUCAGUGGGAGCUGUUUCCCACCCAGAGCUGGCAGACAGCCCUGGCAUCGGCCAUGGCCAGCAGCGUGUUGGUGGUCCUGGCCAUGACGCCCUUCGACGUGGCCAGCACACGGCUCUACAACCAGCCCACCGAUGCCUGUGGCAAGGGCCUGCUGUACCGGGGCCUGGUGGACGCCCUGACCCAAACUGCCCGAGCCGAGGGCUUCUUCGGCCUAUACAAGGGCCUGGGCGCGGCCUACUUCCGCCUGGGCCCCCACACCAUCCUCUCCCUGCUCUUCUGGGACCAGCUCCGCCACCUCUACACCCGGCACAGCCACGGGGCCGGCCGGUGACCCCCG